GUGAACGCACCUCAGCAGUCAGAAACGAUUCUGCCGCAAGGAUGACCGUCCUGACUAUCACAUCAUCAAUAAGAAUAGGGCCUAUCUUAAUUUCACUGUUUUAAUUUAACCAUUGACAUAUUGUACUUACGUUAAUAAUGGAGACCAUACACACACAAGGUGUUUGGAUGGCUGAAGCACUUCAACAAAGAACGCAGAGCUAUGAAAAACUUUGGUUGAUUGUCACUCACGUUGGGGACCCCAAAGCUGCUUUUCUUCUCCUGUUCCCCUUGACUUAUUUUCUUAACAGACGGAUUGGAGUUGCAGUUGUCUGGGUGGCUGCUAUAUCGGAGUGGCUUAAUCUAGUGUUUAAAUGGAUACUCUUUGGGGAGAGGCCAUUCUGGUGGAUUGGGGAAUCCCGUUUAUUUGAUAAAAAUCCUCCAAAUGUCCACCAGUUUGCUUCCACGUGUGAAACAGGUCCAGGCAGUCCAUCUGGUCACGCAAUGGUAACGGCAGCAGUGUGGUGGGUGAUUGCAUCCUCCUUGGGUUCUCUGGUCUACUCAAGCACAUGCAGUGUGUUGCUAUCAGCUGUUCCUUACCUGCUUUAUCUGCUGGGGUUAGUGGCAGUUGGCCUCUCUCGCGUCUUCAUCCUGGCGCAUUUCCCUCAUCAGGUCAUAGCUGGCUCUUUGACAGGCUUAAUUCUUGGGGUAGUUCUAAGCCGUCAGGUUCCAGAAGGUCGGCCAAUGAUGUUCUUUGUGAGUUCCAGCAUGGGGCUGCUCCUCAGUGCUUUUCUAAUCCACUCAGGGCUGACACGGCUGGGCUUCGACCUGUCUUGGUCUAUUGCAUUGGCAACGAAGUGGUGCUCCCAGUCUCAGUGGAUUAGACUGGACACAGCCCCAUUCUCCUCUCUCACCAGGGACUGUGGUGCUAUCCUGGGCCUGGGGAUGGCCCAGUACUGGAAGCCAGGAGGGUACACUCUCCCAUGGGCUCCACGUGCCCUGUGUCUGGCCCUCUGCUCCAUGGCUCUGUACCAUGUCCACCGACUGCCUCUGCCAAUCCAACCACAGCCCCUGUUCUACUUCCUCUUCUUUAUCAAGUACACCAUCGUUCCCCAGGUGGUCAUGAUCUAUGUCCCUGGCUUCGUGCACCUCCUCACACACAAGAAGAAAAAGGAUUAAGACCACAGAGCUGUCUCAGAUCCUACAUUUCAUUGUGUCAUGAACAUUGUAGUGUAAAUGGGGAAAACAGCUGCGAUAAUUGUAGAUAACAUGGUCAACACUGAACACGCGCGUCUGCCAAGGCUUCAAGGUUGUAUCAUUUCUGGUUCUAUGAAAUGUGUUUAAUUCUGCAUAAUAUAGGCCAAAUGUUGUCUUUGAGUCAGUUAGUCUUCUCCAGUAUGUGUCAUUUACAGUAAUUUGAGCAAUGUGGCCCACAGUGUGACAAUCUCCCUCUUUAACACUGUUAUGCACGCAAAACCCCACUUUGUUUGGUGCCAGUGUUUCACAAUUGAACCACAUCAUACAAGAACUACUACAAGCCAAACUCGCCCAGCUGAAUGUGUCCAGCUCUGUGAUCUUUCAAUGGAUCACAGAUUUCCUUACCAGUAGGACAAGAUGCACAACGACGGCCGUACACAUUUUGUACUUCUAAUCCCUCAGUAUUGGAGCUCUGUGAAGACGCUAAACCUGCCGUUAUUCACUCAAUCCCCGUGUGUGUACCUCCCAGGGGCGUAGGUUUCAUUAUACAUGAGUGGGUCAUGUCCCCCCCACUUUUUGAAAAUUGAAUUUUGUCUGGUUUUUUGUUAAUGCAAAGGCAAAGUGAAUGGCACAGCUAACUAGCUAUGGGACGGAGGAUAUAGCUAACCAACUAGCUUAAUAGUUGAUCUCUUGGAAAGUGGGCUAACGUAGUUCCCUACAUAAGUAGCUGCUUUUGACAUUUCAACCUAAUGUGGGACUUAUAGAUCAAACAUUGCCAUCUGGUUCUUCUUCAAUGUAGCUCAAGUUGUUCAUGUCAAUUUUAUGUCCUGCAUUUUAGCAGGAUCAGAUGGUGACCGUGAGAAGGUCCUUGUCACAGAAGAAUCAGACAGCCAGGGUGAAAAGGUCAACCGGGGAACUGAGGUGAAAUGUUGUCUUUAAAGGUGGAUAACUUAAAGAACAUUAGUCAUGUUAUGUGUAGCCCAUAUCUUGAAUAUUCAUAUUUAUUAGCAGAACCAGAAGGAUGUUGAGUCAACCAGUGUAGUCAUGCAAGAGAGUGGUGGAGCUUAGGAGGUGAGGUUGUGAAAUUAAAGUGCAGUACUGGCAAAAUGUACAUGUAGAUCAUAUCAGCCACACACAUUGAAAUACAGAGGUCUGUAGUAGCUCUUCACUAAGGGCACACAUCAUAGACAAUAUGUAAACUAAGUAAUAUUAAAUGAAAUGGCUGAAGGCUGUAUUCUGUGAGGUUUGUUGUUGCAGAAUCAAUGAGAUAUUGUGUCCAUCAGUGCACAUACAGCAUAUGGCCAAAAGUAUGUGGACACCCAACCAUCACACUUAUAUGAGCUUGUUGGCCAUCCCAUUCCAAAUCCAUGGGCGUUGACAAAAAUAUAUUUGUCCCUACUGACGCUGCUAUCCUGAGUGCAGUUGCACCAAGGCCCGCAGCGGGUGGGUGGCCCAUGCUUGACCUCUAUAAAAAUGUUUUUUGUAAUUUUAUUUUAAAUUGUGUGUUUCUAUCUGGUUAUCACUGUCAUACGUCAGGAUUGGCUUUCAAUGCGUAUAUAGCGCUUUACAAUUUUUCAUCACUGGGGGGGGGUCCAUGUCAGGACAGCUUGCACCCCGGCCUGGCGUCUCUAUGCCAGUGUUUGUCCCCCUCACAUUUGAAAUCAAGCCUAUGCCCCUGGUACCUCCCAACAGUGUUUCUGCCAAGCUAGUCAAGUAUGCAGGUGACACUGCUCUGUUGGAUCUAAUCAGUGAUGGCGGUACGUCUCUACCGUGGAGAGUUUGACCGGCUCUCCGAUGUCCUGAUAGGUGCAGACACUGGAGCUGUAAAUAUGUACAUCAACUGUAAAGCCAUGUAUAGGAUAUACACACAGCUCAUAUGUCAUUAGCACAUAUUUUCUGACCACCCAUUGUGCAUCAACUUUAUGUAUAUUAUGUAAUCUGUUCUUUUAUGUUGUCUCAUCCAAGCAGCACCAUUACAUUAAUGAACAUUCUUUUUAUGUGUAAAUGUACUUGGUGAAUAAAGGCAACUCUUUUGGUGAUCUA